GUGGAAAUAGGGGAAGGGGUCAGAUUUAUCCUGAUGGUAGCAAAAGUAACAAUACAGUUUAUAAUGCUACGGCAGGAGGGAUAAUAAGCAAAAUUUUACGAAAAGAAAAAGGGGGAUACGAAAUAACCAUAGUGGAUGCAUCGAAUGAACGACAAGUAAUUGAUAUUAUCCCUCGAGGCCUAGAACUUCUUGUUUCAGAGGGCGAAUCCAUUAAACUCGAUCAACCAUUAACGAGUAAUCCUAAUGUGGGUGGAUUUGGUCAAGGGGAUGCGGAAAUA